ACAGAACUGGUCACCAUCCAAUGACUGGAUGAGAUUGACCUCCCAAAUAACAUUAACAUCAUCACCACCACCACCAUGGACUAUAACGCUGCAGACCUGACCUCCGUCCUCAGAACCCUAUCAGCCUUGUCCAACCCGCAGCCAUCCCAACCGCAACCACCACCACCACCACCACAACCACAACCCCCAAAACAACAACCUCACACCCCCCAGACCCUCGAGUCCGAAGAAGACGAUUCCUACGAACCCUCCGAGACGCUCCCCCACAUUCCCACAGCUACACCUCCUCACCCGCAGCCCCCGGCACCAGUCCCCACAAUACCGACAGGACCUCAACCGGGAGCCCCCCCCAAUGGCAAACCCACCGAGGACCCAUCAACAAUCACCGCCUGGCCAGGCGCUCUACGCUACGUCAUGCGCACCGUGGCCCAGAAUGAGGACAUCCAACGACGGAUCCGAUGGCUGAUCCAGCGCCAGCAUGACCACGAGAAGCAGUGGUGGCAGGGCCGCGAAGCGCUGUUGCGGAAACAGCAAGCUCGGACGGAGAAGAAGAAGGAGCUUGAUGCCGUGCUGUGAGUGGCCUGGAAUUGAGUCGGUGUUAUUGGGCUCUGAAACGAACCGAAUCACGCUCAUUCGUUCUCGCUUGGUGUGGCGAUUGCUUACUGUUCUACUCCCCUCCUAGACGCUCUGUCGGCGCUCCCGUCGAUGAUUCCACUCAAGUCUCGACAGUCGAAGAAGACCGAGCCGAAC